AUGGGUCAGUGCUCCUUGAUUUUAUGCCAGCGCUAUGAGUACUAUUUUAUUAAAGAGCCUAAAACUUGGGACGAAGCUCAGCACUACUGUAGAGACAGAUAUAAAGACCUGGCCACAGUGCCUAACAUGAAAUAUUUGGAGACACUGUACACAGAUUCUACAGAGUAUCAAGGAAACGCCUGGAUUGGGCUGUACAGCAUCUCAGGAAAAGAAAACAGGAGGUGGCACUGGUCUCUGCCAGGAGUGGAGUUCAAUGAUAAAGACAUGAAAUGGAGAGCAGAACAAAGCAAAUCACUCCAUUUCAUUGACUCUCAAAAAGUAUGGCGUGAGGCUCAGAGCUACUGCAGAGAGCACCACACAGACCUGGCCAGUGGAGCAGAACAGUUAAAGGAAGCAGUCAGUAAAUUUAAGAGUUCUGAUAAAACACGAUCAUGGAUCGGCCUGUUCAGAGACACCUGGAGGUGGUCAGAUGGGAGUAAUUACUCUUAUAGACACUGGAGAGAUGUUGAAAAGUUGAUCCUGAUCAAUGAAAGCAAAAAUUGGGAAGAGGCUGUAAAUUACUGCAGAAAGCACCAUCUUGACCUGGUCUCCAUCACAAGCCUUGAACAGCAGGAACUGGUGCAAGAGAGAGCCAAGAAUGCCAGCACAUCCCACAUCUGGCUGGGACUGCGCUACAGCUGUGCUCUUGAUCUGUGGUUCUGGGUUAAUGACCAGCUUGUCUGCUAUAAGAACUGGGCCGAUGAGACAGACACUGGAGACUGUAACCUGGCUGUAGCCAUGGAGACAAGAGGAGAACAUAAAUGGUUCAAGAAAAAUGACACAGACAUGUUUAACUUUAUCUGUUCUUUAUCAUAG